AUGGACGCAUUUCUCACUCGCGAUGAAAUCAAGCUCAUUGGCAUUAUUACAGCUCGGGAAUUGCGAUCACGGCCAGCUAUGCAAUGCGACAAUCGUCGCGUUUACUUCAAGUAUGGAUCAUCUCGCACAUCGUAUGGUGAGGAUCGAGAUGAGCUACUCUCGUUGCAGCAACGCCUUGAGAGCAAAAUCCAGGUCAUUUCCCCUUCAAUUGACAUGAUUGAACUGAUUGCAGCUCGGGGUAACACAUCGCUCGAGUCUGCCGUUGCUCUCACUAAAUCCCUGAGAUGGGAUAUUCAGGCGCUCGGGCAACGGCUAGCAAGAGCUGCCGCGUCUGAAGAAUCAAUGCGGAAAUGCUCCAAGGGUGCAAAAGAUCGAACGCAAAACAAUACGGAGCUCAAGUUUAUCGUCAAGGAUAUCAAGAAGCUCCUGGCCCGGAUCGAGGAUGCUGUGCCUCUCAUGAACCUGGCAAUCACCACCUCUGGUGCCAAGCUAUCCACCAAUUUGCCGGCAACUGUGUCGCCCUCUCGACUAUUACAGGCCAGUACAUUUCUGACGGCUGGUGACACACAGUAUUCCAUGUCGCAAUCCAAGGCGGUUCAGAUAGGGCCAACGUUUACCCUGUCGAUGUACAUGCUUUUUGCAAGUCAUCUACGGCCCCACGACGAAGAAUCUGUUCGCGAAGCAACAUGGAAAGAGGUCAUGCACAAGGCACGCUUGAAACUCAGAAGAGUCCCGAUAGACCUCUAUAACUCGGAAGAUCAAAACCAAGAACCACAGCUUUCAGGAUCAGACGGAGUGGACGAAUAUGCAUAUCAAGUUCUGAUCAUCGAAGACUUUGAUGAUGGACGGGUUCACACAUUUGAAGAGAACGAACCUCGACCCCAGCACUAUGAGGGGGUCGCCUCAGCAGGAAUACGGGAGAUCAUGCCCAUCCACCAGAUCUCCAAGAUUUUCUACGCCGACACAGGCAGAAUUCUCAACAUCAGCACCGAAGGAGAGACCAAUAACCCGGUGUUGUUGUUGAAGCGAGACACCAACGCUCUGCCUCCACGGCGCAUGAUGGAGCGCGAGGACAUGAUGAACGACUUUGCUCACGAAUCAUUCGAGGAGGAACCGGAAGACGACGAGCAAGCACAGCUCGACGCACAGCUUAACGGAACGACCAUUGGCGCCGAUCAUCCUUUCAUGUCCCUGCACGAAGAUUCCAUCCCCGAGGAAUGGCGAUUACCACCUGGGCUGGACCCGGAAUGGAUUGCGUUCGAAGUCUACAACGAGGACGAAGCCUCGGACACCGAGUCCGAAGCAGACGCAACAGAAACGUCCCUUGACCCCAGCGCAAUGGCCAAGCUCUCUCUGAAAGACAAGGGGCCCUCGGCCUCUCCAUCUCCUUCGCCAUCAACCCCCAAGCAAAUCUCCCAGCAACCGCCAUCCUCCACACCAGCGCAAGUCGCAGCCACAACGACGGUCUCCAACCCUCUCUUCGACAACAUCCGCACCUCGCUCUCCCUCCUAGAGACCUUACUUCGGCUCACCUCCCUCCAGCAAUUCCAGCAACAGUCGCACCUUUCCAUCAGCGACGAACUCCUCAACUUCUUCCUCGAGGAAUCUUCCACCACCGGCGCCGGCGGCGACGAGCAGCACCGUCAACGCCUACGCUCCGAGGCCCGCCGCCGCGUCGGAUGGGACCCCUACGAUGAAAGCCCCGUCAAGCGCCGCGGCGAGGACUACCAGUACGGCUCGAUGCCCGGCAGUCCCGCGGGAACCCCGCGUGAUGCCGACGACAUCUACACGCCUAGUGGGCGAUCGUCGGCCUUCCAUCUCCGCUCUCGUGAGAAUACCCCUGAAACGCCCGUGUCUGUUCCCAGGAGAGGGUCGCCCGGUCUUCGGUCUGAUCCGAGACGCGGACCGAGUGGUCUCCGUGGUGUCACGCCAGCGUAUGCGGAUAAUGCAAGCUCGAGGCAGGGCUCGCCGCUUGCGAAGAAGUCGGGGCCCGCUCCGAAACACAAAGAUGGAGAUGUUGGUUCUGGGACUGCGGAAUGA